AUGGAUGAAGACAAAGUUCUACAGGGUAGCGCAGACAAACAAGGAAAAAAGGAAAAUGGAAAGAAGCCGACCUUGAUAGGGCUCUCGCAGCGGUCCAGCGGUGUUGUUCAGACUAUUAUGCCAAAAAUCAGUGCUGCUGUGGCUGAGAGAACCCGGCUUGAUAACCCAAACAUUGACCUUUCCACUGCCGAGAAUUGGCUUCUGCGCGAAGAGUUGAUAGAAAUUUGCAAGAAUGGAGUGGUUGAAGGCCUUGCACCUAAACACUUUUCUUAUCCAAACGGGUUUUCCGGUGACCCUGAACUUAUUGAGGCAAUUGCCAGUUUCUUUAAUAAAUUCUUUAAUCCGAUUAUUCCAGUUGAAGCGUCGCAUAUAGCUACGGCCCCAGGAGCAGCGAGCUGCUUAGAGGCACUGCUCUUCACAAUUUGUGACCCAGGAGACGGCGUGUUGGUUCCAGGCCCGUAUUGGAAUGGAUUCGAUUUUCAAUUUCGCGUUCGGCCGUUUGUAAAACCAAUUUUGGUGAACACCGAGAGUUUCGACAAUACUCUAUCUGCGGAUUUAUUGCCUGCACUCGAGGCUGCUCUGAAACAGGCAGACUGUCCCGUGAGGGCAUUAGUUCUUACCAAUCCGCAUAAUCCCUUCUCUCAAUGUUAUCCCCGAAGCGUCCUCGAGGCAUGCCUGCGGUUCUGUGAAGAGCAAAACAUCCACUACAUAUCGGAUGAGGUGUAUGCAAUGAGCACAUUCAAUAUAAGCACUUCGAAUCCUCUACCAACAUUCGUUUCAGCCCUGUCUCUCGACGCCGAGAGAAUUGGCUGCGCGGCACAACGCAUCCAUACUAUCUGGAGUAUUAGCAAAGAUUUUGGGUCCAGCGGAAUUCGCCUUGGAUGUACGAUAUCACAGGCCAAUCCUGAGAUUAUAGUGGGGCUUUCUCUGGCUUCAAAUACUCAGACGUCAUCGUUGGCUGCAAUAUUCACUAAAAGUCUCUUGACAUCACCGCAGCUUUCAGAUCUCAUACAACUAAAUCGAGAUCGCCUAUCGUCGUCGUACGCCACGGUCGCAUCAUGGUUGAAAUUGAAUAGCAUCAAAUGGAUUCCGGCUAAUGCAGGAGUUUAUGUGUUUGCCAAACUAUGCAAAGACGCAACGACCUGGGAAGACGAAGCGUGUAUGAUUCAGAAAUGCAAGGAAGGAGGCGUUCUUUUAAGUGCCGGGAAAAAUUAUCAUGGGGUGGAAUCUGAGAAAGGCUGGGCACGAAUAACAUUUGCUGUGCAGCCAGAAGUCUUGCAAGCUGGGCUUUCAAAAAUAUCAAAAGUACUUGGAAAAUUUCCACCGCAAGUGGAAAAGUUUCCUAAUACAAAGGCCGAGUAA